UCUAUGAAAAGGUUUACUGGUUUGAUGCAGGCAAAUUGUAUUGUGAGUGUACCAUACUCGAACGCUGAACGGUGUGGAAAGUCAAACAGACUGCAGCCAUUGUUUGAAACUGGUACGCUGUGUAUUAGCGCGUUGGUUGAAUGGCUUCUGUGUAUUUGUAUGUGGGUUAUAUUGGUCGUCUCCGCUUUUUUAUUUGAUUACUAGAGUGUGAACGCACUGGGUGUCUUUUCCCUGCUCUCUGUGUGUGUGUGUGUGUGUGUGUGUGUAUGUGUAUGUUGUGGGAUCACACUGACACUUGGAUAGGAAAAAGAUUAUGGGAGAAAGGGAACAGAGAAAUGUGGUGAGAUUUCGUAAAAGAGAGAGAGAAAGAGAGAAAACCUUACAGAUGGAGAGAGGAGAGAGUGAACGAAGUGAACGUAAAAGAAAAAGGCAGAGAGAGAGAGUGUCAAAAAAAAGAAGGAAGGCUGACAGAAGAAGGGCAGACACAAAGAGAGAAAACCAGAGGAAGGAAAGAAGAGUGGGUGGAGACAACCCAUACCUUGCACAGUUGAAGUUGAUGAGUUCACCAAGCCUCAGCGAACUGGGCAAGAGUGACAAGGCAGGCUUGGAGGAGAGAGGAGCUCAGCAAUGCAGGGCAGGGGCCAAUGCCAUCUGGAAUAGUAUCCAUAAUGCAGUAAUCGCCACGUUCCAAAAGAAAGAUCUGGGAGACAAUGAGCUGUACUCUUUAAAUGAAGGAGUCAGGCAGCUGCUGAAGACAGAGCUGGGCUCCUUCUUCACAGAGUACCUGCAGAACCAGCUUCUAACCAAAGGAAUGGUCAUACUUCGAGACAAAAUACACUUCUAUGAAGGUCAAAAGUUACUAGACGCUCUGGCUGAAACUUGGGACUUUUUCUUUUGUGACGUGCUCUCCAUGCUGCAGGCCAUUUUCUACCCAGUCCAGGGGAAGGAGCCCUCUGUGAGGCAGCUGGCUCUCCUGCACUUUCGGAACAUUAUAACUCUGAGCAUAAAGCUAGAGGACGCUUUGUCUCGUCCCAAUGCUUGUGUGCCCCCUUCCAUCAUACAAAUGUUGCUCAUACUGCAGGGGGUGCAUGAAUCUAGAGGAGUGAGUGACGACUACUUAAAGUUAGAAUCUCUGAUCCAGAAAGUGGUGUGUCCAUACCUGGGCACUCACGGCCUCUACACUGACGACGGCUGUGUGGCGCAGUGCUCCUGUGUGCUGGAGAAGCGAUUGCUGCAGCACUGGCCCAAACUGAGUGACACCUCUGCCAGGAACCCUGUCAUGCGCUCCAAGAGCUACAACGUGCCCAUGCUGACACCUGUGGCAGAGUACGAAACGGAGGCCACGUCCGUGGGUAGCGCAGGAAUCCGACGACAUUCCGUCUGCCAGAUGACCUUGUGCCAAGAAGAGCCAGCUUUCUCCAGCAUUAAAUCCAGCCCAGACGAGACAAACGUUGCACCCCAGCUUUCAGCCUCUCAUCCGUCCACAGAACAGGACUCGGCUCGGUCAGUAUGCAGAGGGCAGUUGAAGGGCACAUCUCCACUCCCAUCCCCUUCCACGUACCCCUUGCUUUUCACUCAAUGUUCUUCGGAAAUCUUUCAGAAAAUGUCACAGGAAUCAGGUUCUGAUCUUACCCAGGAAGUGGCCUCACUACCCAGAGGCUCGUCAAGCCCUGAAACUAUCACAGACCAGCUACUGGAGUCUUUGGACUCAGAAUCAGAGGGAAUCUUCAUAGACUUCAGCCUCCACUGUUCGGACUCCUCCACCUUCAGCCACGAGAGUGAGAGUGAGAGUGUGGUGUAGGAGCACAGCAGAGUAAUAGCAGGGCCACAGCGACCAACUCUUCCCUUUUUAACUCAAGCUCAAGGCUCAUUUAAUGUGUGUUUGGUAGAUUUCUAUAUUUCCUUGUAAUUUCAUACUAAAGAUUUGCUAAGUAAAACUUUAACACGUUUUUUUUUCCCACAGGCAUUUCACUUCAUAGUGGUUUUUCCUCAAAUCAUUAUAAACUUAUUUAAAAUUUUUAUGAUGUAGUCUAGAUCAUCAACAUUUUUUUGUUUGUUUUUGUACAAAUGUUUAGAAUAACAAAUUAAUAUAUUUUAAUGACUAUUUAAUUGUAUUUAUUUAUUUAAUUGGUAGUGGGCAGUGAUUAAUGCUCUGAGGGUUCAAGUCUCAUUGUUGGGUCUCUGAUAAAAGCUCCUAACAAGUGAAGGGAAUUCUGCUGUAAUGAACAUGUGACCAAGAAAGCCGUUCUUCUUUCUUCUUCUUCUUUUUUUGAAGAAUGGCUGGGUAACGAUUUGAGGCAUUAAAUAUCAAUAUUAA